AUGGAGUGCAUCCUGGGAAUUUUAGGGAAUGGGUUUAUUGCAAGUGUGUACUUACUUGACUGUGUCAAGAAGAAGCUCUCUAUGCUUGGCUUUAUUCUCACUGGCUUAGCAAUUUCUAGAAUUUGUCUGAUAUGGAUAAUAAUGAUAGGUGGAUUAAUGUAUAUAUUGUCUCCAGAUACAUAUUACUCUAGUAAGCUAAUUGAAUACAUUAGUUACAUGUGGCUAUUUAUCAAUCAAUCAAGUAUCUGGUUUGCCACCAGCCUCAACAUCUUCUAUUUCCUGAAGAUAGCAAACUUUUCCCACUACAUGUUUCUCUGGUUGAAAAGGAGAAUCAGUAGAAUUCUUCCUUUUCUAAUGGUAUUCUUGCUUAUUUCAUUGUUUAUUGCUCUUCCACAAGUCAUGAAGGCUUUUAAUGAUAACAAAAUGAAGAACAGAAACACAACCUGCCGAUUCAAGAUGCAAAAAAGUGAAUUUUUCAUUCAACAGGUUUCUGUACACCUGGGAGUCAUCUUCUUCUUUACACUAUCCUUAAUUCCAUGUUUCCUGCUAAUCAUUUCUCUUUGGAGACACAGUAGGAAGAUGCAAUUGAAUGCCACAGGAUUCAGAGACCCCAGCACUGAAGCUCAUGUGAAGGCAAUGAAAAUGCUGAUAUCUUUUGUCAUUCUCUUUAUCUUGUAUUUUAUAGGCUAUGUCAUGAAACUGUCAUCUACUGUGCUAGAAAACAACAAACUCAUGUUCAUUUGUGGAAUGACAACCUCAGCCAUCUAUCCCUGGGGUCACUCAUUUAUCCUAAUUCUAGGAAACAGCAAACUAAAGCAGGCCUCUUUGCAGGUAAUGCAGCAGUUAAAGUGUGAGAGACAAUAA